GACACACCUGCCUGGAGGAGGGGGACACACCUGCCUGGAGGAGGAGGGGGACACACCUGCCUGGAGGAGGGGGACACACCUGCCUGGAGGAGGAGGACACACCUGCCUGCCCUACUAAGCAGUUCCAGGCGCCUGCUGCUGCUGCUGUAGCCGGGACAGAGCGAUGGCAGCGAACGCGGGAGGAGGUGGACGGAGGAACAAGACGACGUCGAGGAAGAAGCACUUCGUGUCCCAGAAGAUGAAGCUCUUCCGAGCGAGUGACCCCCUCUUCAGCGUCCUCAUGUGGGGUGUCAACCACUCGAUCAACGAGCUGGCACACGUGCCCGCGCGCGUCAUGCUGCUGCCCGACGACUUCAAGGCGCACACCAAGACCAAGGUGGACAACCACCUCUUCAACAAAGAGAACAUGCCCAGCCGCUUCAAGUUCAAGGAGUACUGCCCUGUGGUGUUCCGCAACCUUCGCGAGAGGUUUGGUGUCGGCGAGCAGGAGUACCUGGUCUCGCUGACGAGCCGCGCCCCGGUGAACAGCGACGCGCGAGGCCGCAGCGGCGCGCGCGUCUUCACUACGUACGACCGCCGGUUCGUGGUGAAGACCAUCGUGGGGGAAGACGUGGCCGACAUGCACACGAUCCUCAUGAAAUACCACCAGUACGUGGUGGAGUGCCACGGGAACACGCUGCUGCCGCAGUUUCUGGGGAUGUACCGGCUGGGCGUGGACGGCGCCGACACCUACCUGGUGGUGACGCGCAACGUGUUCAGCCCCCACCUGAGCGUGCACUGCAAGUACGACCUCAAGGGCUGCACGGUGUCUCGAGAAGCCAGCGAGAAGGAGAAGGCCAAGGACCUUCCAACAUUCAAGGACAACGACUUCAUCAACGAGAAGCAGAAGAUUGUCAUCGGUGAGGAGGACAAGAAGGCCUUCCUGGAGAAGCUCAGGAGGGAUGUGGAGUUUCUGGUGCAGCUCAAGAUGAUGGGCUACAGCCUCCUGGUGGGCAUCUACGACGUGGAGGCGGGCGACCAGGACGAGGAGGACGACGAGGCGGACGACGACUACGAGGACGACGAGGAGGAGGAGGAGACCAAGGAGGCGGAGGCGGAGCAGGAGGAGGAGGAGCGGCGGCGCCGCGGUUGGCGCAAGGGGAGCAGGGUCGGCCGCGGCAGCGUGGACGCCGCCAAUGGCACCGCGGCACGCGGGGGAGCGGGGGGGGCCGCCUCGCCGGAGGGCGGCGGGGGGGGCGCCGUCGCCGGCUCUUCCGGCGCCGCGGCCGGCGGCGCCGCUCCCUCGGGCACUGCCAGGAUCUACGCCAUCGUCGCACACGAGAGUGCCGGCCGCAAGGAAGUCUACUACAUGGGCAUCAUCGACAUCCUCACCCACUACGAUGCCAAGAGGAAGGCGGCGCACGCAGCCAAGACCGUCAAGAACAGGGCCGGAGCCGUCUCCACCGUCAACCCGGAGCAGUACUCGAAGCGCUUCCUGGACUUCAUGGACAGCAUCCUGGAGUGAGCACCGGAGCGUCGGCGUUGCAGAGUGCCAAUAGCCCCCAGCGGGGUGGGGGGGGGGGGAGAAGAGGCUUGUGGUCUGCCUCUGGUGAUGAUGCUUGUGGGAGAAUGUUGAGACAUAGAAGUCCUGACGAGUGGGGGGAUUUGGAUAAACCUGCGGGUAUCGUGAUAACAACCGUCGGUGGCUUGACAUGGGCCCUGGUACCAGGGAUUAAGUGAGGCCUCCCCCCCCCUCUUCUUCUGGGCCCUGGUGCAAUUGCACCGCCUGCACAUUUGCCAGCUACGCCGCUGACCAGCGUCACCGAUCCCCAAAAAGUGCUUUUAAAUAUAAAGAAUAGCAACACCUUGGUGCUGCUUAAAGAGAUGGUGGAACCGCAAUGCUUAGGAAUUAACGAUCUCGGUUUACCGCUUGGGCACCGACAUGACCUCGACAUUUCACAGCGUUGCUUUUCAAAAAGCAAGCCCCGGUGAGCGGGGCGAUACCCCGUGAUUAGACGAUUAUUAUUGCAUGCAUUUCUCAAUCUGUCCCGCGUCUCUGCGAGGACACCUGGUGGUUUGAUUUGGGACAAGGGGAUGGCUCAAAGCCUCCUGUGGCUGCAGUAGAAUGAGUGCCUAUCAAGCACUCGGGGGGGGGGGGGGGGGGGGUGCUGGGGUGCUGGGAGAGUCCCCCAGGGUGGGUGUUGUGGGUAAUUCUACGACUGUGUACGUUUCCACGGUUUUUCGCGACAUGGCUCUCCGAUGGGUGUUUUCGGCUCGUCAUACCGCGUUUCGUGCGGCACGCUGUCAAACGGUUUGCGCGUCACUUGCUGGGAGCUUCUUUGCGAAACGAAUUCCGUUUCUCGUCCAGCCAACGGACCGAAAACGUCGGACAUCGUGCCGAACAUCGCGCCGGACAUCACGCGGUUGAACCCGAAAACGCAUCGGAGCACGCAUAACGCUACGCGCCGUGUAAACGUACUCUCUCGGUUGUCUUACCCGUGCAUCUCAUCAGCUCGGAUAUCGAACAUUGCUAUCCUACCAGUAUACAUCUCAACACCCCUGCCCAUCAUUCACGGCCUACUCCGGUAACCAGUCGACGAGGUUGUUGGGGGGGGGGGGGGAAGAGCACCUUUGUCCGCACGCGCGCAAACGCAACGCCGCCUCGUGGUGUUCGUGGCGUCCCCGUGGCGUGUUCGUGGCGUCCCGAUUCCGUGGUCAUACGUGCCAUUUGUUGCAAGUUUACCGCUCGUGGUUACAUAUAUAUUUUUUAAAAUACUGCACACGCUUGUGCUCGCUGCAGUCACCGGGCGGGAGCGGCUCUCCCAAGCCGGAGGCUGCCAAGGGGUUUGUCGUCGUUGUCGUCGUGCGAGCGUUCCCGCUGGAGGUCAUCCAUGGUGGGUUACCGAAAGUUUUUGGUGACUUGCACUGACAACACAAGCGGCGCCAUUGCGUUUACCCCUUGUUCGUGAAGAGACUCACCGGCGCAAGCGACUACGGGGCGUCCUGGGCUCACCCUGGGCUCACCCUUGGCUCACCCUGGGCUCACCCUGGGCUCACCCUGGGCUCACCCUGGGCUCACCCUUGGCUCACCCUGGGCUCACCCUGGGCUCACCCUGGGCUCACCCUGGGCUCUCUUGCCGCUCCGCUUCUGCAGUCCUCCCAAAGCGCAUCUCACAACUGCAAGGUGUAAACUACUCUCUCGUGUUUUCAUGCCAUCAAGUAUUCUUGCUGCUGUUACACUGACUUAACCCCCCCCCCCACACGCUUUUUUUCUUGAAUAUCUGCUGCCACCCCAAAGUGGCAAUUUUAUUGUAUUUAUACGUUUUAUGUUGUAAAUAUAGUUUUAAAAAUCCGAA